AGAUACAGGGAGGUGUAGAGUGCAGAGAGAAGUGCGUGUGGUGGAUGUGCGCUACUCAUGCUGGGUGGUGUGUUCUUCAUUCACCAGCGUAUCAGUGUGUGAAAGCACUUUGAUGGUGAACGAUCGGUCGAUACUUAAGCCGUUUUAUAUUCCUAGACUGAGACCACAGUCAUCCGACUGCAGCGCAACAAUUUAAAUAAUCUUUCAAAGAGUCAACACACUGGGAAUCCUGAUCCCUGGACCGGUGCCUUGGCCUGGCUGAGCAAACGACUCUCGAUGGCAGGGCUGUCGCUGACCGGCGCGGCACCUCUGGAUCGAUCGCCGCUCGGCGGCCGCCUGUGGCCGGUCUGGAGCGUACGACUGGUGACCGGCUGACUCAGGGGCGGCGGCCUGUGCCGUGUGUCAGCUGCUGCAGCCGGCCGGUCGCGGUCGCCGGUGACGUCUGCUCUGAGUCGCGUCGUGACGCCACGGCUGGCCAGCGCAGUGUGUAGUGGGUGGCGAGCCGGGUGGACCGGGGGGAGCGAGUGACCGCGCCGGCAGCGCGAGCGAUUGGUGAACGGCCGGCGGUGGUGAAUUGAGCGAGGGCUGAAGUGAGCUGGUGACAAAAGUGACAUCGUGUGACGGAGGGAGUGACAGAGGUUUUCAGCGGACCGAUUUCCACGUGCGUGUAACUGGUCCUACCGAGCGAACUGAGGCCUCGUGCGGUAAGGAUCAUCACCAUGACCGAGCCCAAUAAAGACUCGGCACCAGCCGCUGCUGCCACCGGCGCCACCUCUUUCAAAACCUCCUUCUCCACGUUCAAAGCCGCCUCGGAGGAUGGCGAGCGCCGUCAAAGACGCGUCGAAUUCUCCGAUAAAACUAAAACCGAGGACGGCGGUUCAUCGGUGCGAAAGUUCUCUGCACUGCCACGCUACGGUGGCACCAGCUUCUCAGGAUCUGAGCGGUCAUCAGGCUACCAGGGACCUUCUUAUAGACUGGCCAGUAUGGAUCGGCUAGCGAAUCGUCACAAAUUGUAUGAAACGGGAAGUGGAGACACAAAUGGUACAGCUGAGAACGGACCCGAGCCUCCGCGAGUCGUCUCCGCCACGGCGAGUAUCACCACAACUGCGGCGCUGCAGAGUAAGCGGGAGAUGUUCUACAAAGGCGAAUCGGCGACGGCAGGGAGGGACUCCGGAGCGGCGAACUCAGCGGCAGCCGCCCCCGCCGCCGGACCCGGCGCCCCAGCCACAGCCCGAGACGGCCGGGAGGCCAGGGAUAAUCGACCUCAGGUAGCGCCGAAGCCGGACUCGGCACCGGCGCCGUCACCCAAGGAGCCUCCUCCGGCUCCGCCCAAGACGGUCCUCUCCCGGAGUUCGGCCCCGCCUCCACCACGCCGAUCCGACUCCGAAGUCACUCCCGCCAGGCCAGGCCGACCCGAAGAGCCUCCGCUCGUCAGGCCCAACAAGGCGGAUGACCAGAACCGUGAGCGGCAGGCGCGGGAGAGGAGUCGCCGUCAGCUGGAUGGAUAUGUGGGGUUCGCCGAUCUGCCCAACCAGGUGCACAGGAGAGCUGUCAAGAAAGGCUUCCACUUUACAUUGAUGGUAGUCGGCGAGUCUGGCCUGGGAAAAUCGACUCUAGUCAACUCUAUGUUCAUGUCCGAUAUAUACAACAAAGAAUAUCCCGGGCCUUCACAUCGAAUCAAGAAGACGGUGGCGGUGGAGAAGACGAUAGUGAAGUUGACGGAGAACAGCGUCAACCUGAACCUCACUGUGGUCGACACUCCCGGGUUCGGAGAUGCAGUGGACAACAGCAACUGCUGGCAGCCGGUGAUCGAGUACAUCGAGUCCCGGUACGAGGAGUACCUGAACGCCGAGAGUCGGGUGUACCGCACUGAGGUGGUCGACACUCGGGUACACUGCUGUCUGCACUUCCUCGCGCCCUCCGGACAUGGUCUCAAACCUCUGGACGUCGAGUUCAUGAAGCGGUUACACGACAAGGUCAACAUCGUGCCCGUCAUCGCCAAGGCCGACACCAUGACACCAGAGGAGGUCACCAGGUUCAAGAAACAGAUUCUGAACGAGAUCGCGCAGCACAAGAUCCGCAUUUACGAAUUUCCCGACUGUCCAACUGACGAGGACAGCGGCCUUCAGAGGGCGAUGAGACAGCGAGUGCCGUUCGCCGUGGUAGGAGCUAACACCGUGCUGGAGGUGGACGGCCAGAAGGUGCGCGGUCGUCGCUACCCGUGGGGCGUGGUUCAGAUCGAGAACAUGGAACACUCCGACUUCAUCCCGCUCAGAAACAUGCUGAUUCGGACUCACAUGAUGGACUUGCGAGACGUCACAAAUGCAGUGCACUACGAGAACUUCCGUUGUAAACGGCUGGCCGGUCUGGGCACGGAUGGAAAGCCAGCCAAGAUCGUCAACAAGAACCCCAUCGCCCAGAUGGAAGAGGAGAAGCGGGAACACGAGCUCAAGGUGAAAAAGAUGGAGGCCGAAAUGGAGCAGGUGUUUGAGAUGAAGGUCAAAGAAAAGAAGAACAAGCUAAAGGAAUCCGAAGCUGACCUCGCUCGGCGCGAGGAGCAGAUGCUAGCACCGCUGGAGGAGCAGCGGCGGGAACUGGAGCAGGAGAAAGCCGCCUUCCAGCGAGAGAAGGAGGAGUGGGAGCGGCUGAACGGCAUCACACUGGACCAGCUGCGACGCAGGGAGCUGGAGUCCAACAGCAAAGACAGCGGCCUCUGUGAGAGCGUGGCCAGCCUGGCCGCUCCCGGGGCCGGGCCGCGCGCUCUGCGGCGCAGCCAGUCACUCUCAGCUCGACAGAGGCUGUCGGUCCGUCUGCACCGGCCGCCAGAGAAUUGUCAGCAGCAGUGAAAACACUAAAUCAUAGCUGGAUUGAACGGGAACUAACAGAGGAACACCAUGGAGUCCGUACAUUGGAUUCUUUUCAGAGAGUCCUUCUGAGAUUCGUUGCGAGAUUUAUUCGUGUAAAUAUCGAUCCGCGAAUCGCUGGCGCGAUUGGCAUGAUGAGUGGCAGUUCGUCUUAGAACCUUACAGAAAACAUUUUACAGGGUGUGACACUCGAUGGUGUGUUGAUUUUUAGACAACUACGACUGUUUUGUGUGUUUAGAACGGAGAGUGAUAGGUUUGAAGAGCUUGCCCAGCUGUGAUUUUGAACCUGAAUCUCCUGUCCUCCGUCCAAGCUGAAGCCCAGAGGCUUCCUACCAACUGCAUGCAUGGUCAGAGAGGGUGGCGGUGACACGUACUUUUAAAGCUAGCUUCACAGGCUUGGUGGAGGCUCCGGAGCAGGUCGAAACAUUCGGUUCUCUUCUAGUCUUAGUUUCUGACUGUUCUUCCGUGGUGAAGGGCGCAAAAGAUGUUCAACAUGAUGCAACCUAUACCUGAUGCCUAUCUACCUACCAUGCCCAAUUUUACGACCCAAACUACCUGUGAACGAAUAAUUGCUAGUGCGCCAUGACGAGCCCAUAGUGCGUCCUUUUCUAAACCACCAAGCAGACAGCAGUCCCACCAAAAUGACACCCUCCACACCGAUCUGACAGCGGUUCCCGUCUCUCUGGCUGUUACAGCGGCGGAAAGGGCCGGUGGAAACUGACCAUGCCCCGCCUGUCAGGUGUGCCUCCUGCCUGGCCCGGCAGCUGAGUGCCUGUCCGCGUGCCUGACACUCCUGAGUGCCUGUGCCUGACACUCCUCAGUGUACUCUUUCCUCGGCGUGCCCGAGACGCACGACCAGCGCAGUGCCCGUCUGUGUGCCUGUCUGUCAGCACCUGAAUGUAUAGGCCAGUCUGUGAGCCUGCUGUGCCUGCCUGUAUGUAUGUCUGUCUGUGAGCCUGCCUGGCAGCCUAAGUACAUUGCACGUUUGUCAGCGACAUCUUGUAAUAAGCUAAGCCCUGGCAUAGCUCAAUGCACUUUACUCAAAAAGCUUUUUAUUUUAUUUUUAGAAUAGCUUAAAAUGUAAAACGACAGACUAAGUUUUAUUCAUAGCCCCAGAUUUUAUCACCAUUAGGUACAUCUAUGUUUCAUUGUACUCAGAAAAAAACGACGCAAAAUGUCGUUUGACAAAAUGUCAAGCGUCUUUAAAAUCGCUUUGUAACAAAAAAAAAAAAAAAUCGUCGCCUGCACGAGAGCUUGAAAAAGUCGCACGGCGCUCGUGUCAUGAGACUCAAUUGUCAUGUUACGAAUACAGUGCAUCAUCGACCACUGCUGGAUCCGAGUCGGUGAAUCCCGUUCCACCGUCCCGGAGGUAUUCCAGUUGCACAACUGCCUGUCGAAAAGCCCUCCCUCGCCUUAAUUGUCGUUUAUGAAUUCCUUCUGUUUUAUUUUAUUUUAUGUAGCUGCCUGCCCUAGACGGUGCCAGAAACGAGGCACGUAAGCCUCGGCACCGACAUGUAUAGCCUGCAGUUUUCGUUGAGAUGUCUAGAAAUGGCAUUCAAUGUUUCUUUUCUGCCUCCGGAACAAAAAGUAUGAACUAGUUGAUGGCAUUCAAUGUUUCUUUUCUGCCUCCGGAACAAAAAGUAUGAACUAGUUGGUGUCAUUGUGCCCUCUAGAAAGCAUGCCUCUGUUGAAUUGGUUUCAGUCACGAUCGUACACAACACACUGGUCGUUUGGGUUUUAAGUUCUGUGACUACUGAUAUAGCUUAGAUAGAUGUUGUAGAGGUCUUCUUGAUCCACCUAGUGUCUAUCUUCUGAGGUGUCGGUUCUGCCUUCUUCCUAAUUUCUACACUCUCUCUUACAGGACAGUAGAUGGGAAAAAGAAGAAAAAGGGCCUCUUCUAGACUCUGUCUCUGUUUCGUACGUGUCUUCUGUGUCGGGUUUUGUGGCGGUGUCUCAGCACGAGGCACGCCCGAAUGUGGUGGUUGGUCCGCUGAACGCCCCAGCGCUCUGGCGGUACAGCCAGCCUGGAGCUCGGCUUUGAGACAGUGGCUGCCCUCUGCCCGGCUCAGUCACCUCUCUGCCCGGCUCGGUCACCCUACAUCAGCUCUCUGUCACCCUACAUCAACCCCGCGUGACAAGCUCGGCAUUCGGGCCACUCGGUCUGUCGGAGGUGGCAGUCAAAGAUGCGCUGCUGAUAGAGAAGGAUCUAUGAGACAGGUGAUGAGUCAGUACUUAUCAGUCGACAGUCAGUACUUAACGUGCGGUACUGGGUGACCUGUGAGAGGUCGAGGUCAGUGAAAGGUCAAGGGUUACACGAGAGACGUGACUUUGUGGACGUGCUGUCAGGGAGGGUGCUGCGGAAGUGGACGAACCUGUGGACCAGCAGUGGACAGGCCUGUGGACUGGACCGAGUGUCCACAUGGAGCGCCCUUUACGCGUGCCGCCCGUGUGGACUGUAACUGCGACCCACCCCUCGCCAAUGCUGUGUUAUGCAAGGUGACGCGUACCGAGCGCUGUACUUGUGGCUCACUAUACCAAUGUGCUGGUGCGUUCUAUGUUUGGCGAUGUGCUUCGCGGCAGAAAUAUCCAGACGCAAUGUCUGCUGCCGAUUUUGACCUGGAACCAACCCUGGCCUGUACUUGCCUGUUUGUUUAGCUUGUGAUCCUCAGAAGACGGCUAGAUCAUUUUAAAUACAGGCCUCUGAGGUCGAUAUUGCCGUCGUAUUUACUGUGACGCCCUUGCAUGCAUUAUUGUCAGCCAGAUGUCAGUUUCGUAAGGCUUAUGUUUUCGCUUGUGCGUCUGCGUAUACAUACGUGUCUUAGAUAUUAUCAUUUACAUGAUAAACGCCUUACAUCGAAUGGUGUUUUGUGUUAGCUAAGUUCGCAUAGCUGCUUGUCUUGCGAAUGGUUGUAGGAUAUUUGGCGCUUGGAAUGGCUUUGGUCACUGAAAGUUAAUGGUCUUCCCGUGGCUAUUAAAAUGCUACGAAAUAUCUGACAGUGCCAACAAGUCUAUACCUUUGUGAUUUUUGCUUGACUGCAUUCUCAAAUAAUAACUUAAUCAGUAAGCGAACGUUGCACGACACUCAUUAUCAAUAACAACGUUAACCAGGAACAACUUCAAUCAAUCAAAUGCAUUUUGUCUUAGCAACAAUUUGCAACAAUUUGUGAGGCCGAAGAUAAACAAAUCGUACGCAACUCAUUUAAGCAUCUAAUGGCUACUGCACCUAUCUACGCUGUAUGCUGUACAUGUCAAUGUCGUUACUCGUGAUACGGCACUGGUGCGAAUCGCUGCGGUGUCUGACCAAUGUGGUGAUCGCUGCGUCAGUCUGCUGCGCCGCUGGUCUCGGAGAGCUCGCUUCUAGGAUAUGUCUGAGUCGGUCGGUGGUGUGCCGGGACUAUAGUCAUGCGUGAUGUGAAGGUCAACUGUAUUUUCCCAUAUUUGUAGUAUCAAAUUUGACAAAUACAUUCUCAGAUUCACUGAU